AGCAGCAGCCUGGCAGCAGCGAGCCCUUUACAGCGUGCCGCGCUUCGCCGACGUUCAGCGCUGGUGACACUGCGUGCAUGUAUAACCGGUAGCCUCACUGAGCUGUCCGCUGGCAAAGGUGAGCGGUGCGCGCUGGCAAGCCUGCGCAGCAGUGCUCACACCAGACAGGAGUGCCCGCCGUCGCCGCGGCAGCUCACACUCACACCAGCUCGGCACAUGCGCCGCAGCAGCUAGCGCAAAAAAAAUAAAUGGCGCAGGACGGCGCCUUCGACGAGGACUGGUUCGAGCUCUUCGGCGCGCGCGGCGACGGCCGCGGGCUGGACGAGCCGCGCCGGCUCGCCGUGCAGCUGGGCACGGCGCGGUCGCGCCACGUCGACGGGUCCUGCGACGUCGCCCAGGGCCUCACGCGCGUGUCGGCGCACGCCCAGGGCCCGCGCGAGCACGAGCGGCGGAGCGACGAGAAACAUGAUAGAUGCGUGCUCGAGGUCGCGGCGACCUACGCGCCCUUCGCGAGCGUCGGGGCGCGCACGGGGGCGCGGCGGCAGGACGGGCGGGACCUGGAGAACGCCGUGCGAAACGCGCUGGCGCCGGCGCUCAUGGCGGAGCGCUACCCGCGGGCACUCAUCAAAAUCCACGUGCUGGUGACGUGCGACGACGGCGGCGCCACGUCGGCGGCGAUCAACGCCGCCGGCCUGGCCCUGGUGGACGCGGGCAUUUUUCUGCGGGGCGUCGUCGCGGCGGCGCGCGUCGGCGCGCCCGUGGCCGCGACGACGCUCGUCGACCCGAACCGUGCGGAAGCUAGGCACGGCGUCGCCCUCGAUUUGGCUUGUCUACCGUGCUUCGGCGAGGUGCUGUGGACGGACCUCACGGGCGAGCGCCCGCUGCAGCCGGACGCCUACGAUUCUUUGAUAGCGCGGGCGCUGGACGCCGCGGCGAAGGUCGGCGAGCAGCUCGCCACCGCCGCGCGGGACCACGUCGCCCGCCUGGACGCGGUCCGGGAAGCGUCGCUCGAGGCCGCGGUCGCUCGCUAGUGUGAAGUAAGUACAAGGAAUUAA